AUGUCUUCUCUAAUAAGUACUAGCGAUAGUGAAAAUUCCCUCCCUUCAGUCAGAGGUCACUUAGGUUUGUUGAAAUGUAAAUGGGAUGAUUGCUCUUCAAGCUUUACGCUUUUAAACGACUUAGUAAACCAUUUGCACGAAGACCACGUAGGUCGUAAAAAGGCAAAUUAUACCUGUGAGUGGGAUAGUUGUCCGAGAAAAGGUGCUACUCAAACCUCACG